ACUAAGUGUUGCAAUGAGCUCUGGUUGUCUUUUUAAAAGAGGUGUGGACCAGGUAAUGUACUGAGUGUUGCAAUGAGCUCUGGUUGUCUUUUUAAAAGAGGUGUGGACCAGGUAAUGUACUGAGUGUUGCAAUGAGCUCUGGUUGUCUUUAUAAAAGAGGUGUGCAUCUUCGUGGGGCAGACAUCUGCUCAGUCACUCAUACAGUAAACUAUACAAAACGGACAUCUAUCUCAACAAUGAUGUUCAGCUUGAUGCUGGUUCUGCUGGUCCCCGUGGCGGUACAGUCCUCUCUGCAUCCAGUGGACUGUAACGAGGUGUACCAAUCAGGUUCUGGACAGAAUGGGGUUUACACUAUUUAUCCUGCAGGAUCCACCUCACCUGUCCAGGUGUUCUGUGAGAUGUCGAUGGACAGUGCAUUUUCAGGAAAGUGGACGGUGAUUCAGAACAGACAGGAUGGAUCAGUGAACUUCCACAGGAAGUGGAAUGAGUACAAGAGUGGGUUUGGGAGCGCAGCCGGAGAGUACUGGCUGGGACUGGAGACGAUGUAUCUCCUGACUAUGAAAAAUACCUAUGAGCUGAGGGUGGACAUGGAGGACUUUGAGGGGAAUAAGGUCUAUGCUCAGUACUCCACCUUCUCUGUUGGACCAGAAGCUGAAGGGUACACGCUAAAGCUGGGUUCAUUCCAAGAUGGAGGAGCAGGAGAUUCCAUGACUGAACACAGUGGUCAUAAAUUUACAACGUUAGAUAAGGAUCAGGACCUUAAUGACAGCAACUGUGGCCAGAUAUACUACGGUGGAUUUUGGUACACCAACUGCCAUUGGACUAAUCCCAAUGGGAUAUACGCGUGGGGGGAGUCUGCCUACGGUGUUGGCAUCAACUGGAGAACAUGGAAAGGCUAUACAUACUCCCUGAAAAGAAUGACCAUGAAGAUCAGACCAGCCACUGGAUAGAAGGGAAACACCUUAACUGUUAAUUAAGCAUCUCUAUUUUCUAACAACAUUUCUAAAUCAACAUUUUUAAUAACAUUGAUUUCCAUACAAAACAUUUUUCCCACCACUUGCACACAUUACGUUUACCUGGGAGGGGGUGUCUUUAUUUCUUUAAGUAAAGUUUGUGUUUGGGUCUUCGGGGGGUAUCAGUGGGUGCCGCAGCACCCAGAACGUCGUCUGAUCUACUAAAAAGUGCUGCUUUGCCAUAGCAACAGAAACCUGACUGCAGUGGGGAUGAUGUGACUCCUACCCAUCCUCUAACUCCCUCUGUUUCAUACCCUAACCCACGGUCUCUCUGUUUCAUACCCUAACCCACUGUCUCUCUGUUUCCUACCCUAACCUACGGUCUCUCUGUUUCAUACCCUAACCCACUGUCUCUCUGUUUCCUACCCUAACCCACGGUCUCUCUGUUUCAUACCCUAACCUACUGUCUCUCUGUUUCAUACCCUAACCCACUGUCUCUCUGUUUCAUACCCUAACCCACGGUCUCUCUGUUUCAUACCCUAACCUACUGUCUCUCUGUUUCAUACCCUAACCCACUGUCUCUCUGUUUCACACCCUAACCCACUGUCUCUGUUUCUUACCCUAACCCACUGUCUGUUUCCUACCCUAACCCACUGUCUCUCUGUUUCAUACCCUAACUCACUGUCUCUCUGUUUCCUACCCUAACCCACUGUCUCUCUGUUUCCUACCCUAACCCACUGUCUCUCUGUUUCCUACCCUAACCCAUUGUCUCUCUGUUUCAUACUCUAAUUCACUGUCUGUUUCCUACCCUAACCCACUGUCUCUCUGUUUCAUACCCUAACCCACUGUCUCUCUGUUUCAUACCCUAACCCACGGUCUCUCUGUUUCAUACCCUAACCCACUGUCUCUCUGUUUCCUACCCUAACCCACGGUCUCUCUGUUUCAUACCCUAACCUACUGUCUCUCUGUUUUAUACCCUAACCCACUGUCUCUCUGUUUCAUACCCUAACCCACGGUCUCUCUGUUUCAUACCCUAACCUACUGUCUCUCUGUUUCAUACCCUAACCCACUGUCUCUCUGUUUCACACCCUAACCCACUGUCUCUGUUUCCUACCCUAACCCACUGUCUGUUUCCUACCCUAACCCACUGUCUCUCUGUUUCAUACCCUAACUCACUGUCUCUCUGUUUCCUACCCUAACCCACUGUCUCUCUGUUUCCUACCCUAACCCACUGUCUCUCUGUUUCCUACCCUAACCCAUUGUCUCUCUGUUUCAUACUCUAAUUCACUGUCUGUUUCCUACCCUAACCCAUUGUCUCUCUGUUUCAUACUCUAAUUCACUGUCUGUUUCACAUCCUAACCCACUGUCUCUCUGUUUCCUACCCUAACCCAUUGUCUCUCUGUUUCAUACUCUAAUUCACUGUCUGUUUCCUACCCUAACCCAUUGUCUCUCUGUUUCAUACUCUAAUUCACUGUCUGUUUCCUACCCUAACCCACUGUCUCUCUGUUUCAUACCCUAACCCACUGUCUCUCUGUUUCCUACCCUAACCCACUGUCUCUCUGUUUCCUACCCUAACCCACUGUCUGUUUCCUACCCUAACCCACGGUCUGUCUGUUUCAUACACUAACCUACUGUCUCUCUGUUUCCUACCCUACCCCACAGUCUCUCUGUUUCCUACUCUAACCAACUCUCUGUUUCCUACCCUAACCCACUGUCUCUCUGUUUCCUACCCUAACCCAUGGUCUGUCUGUUUCCUACCCUAACCAACUGUCUGUUUCCUACCCUAACCCACGGUCUCUCUGUUUCCUACCCUAACCCACGGUCUCUCUGUUUCCUACCCUAACCCACGGUCUGUCUGUUUCCUACCCUAACCCACUGUCUGUUUCCUACCCUAACCCACGGUCUCUCUGUUUCCUACCCUAACCCACUGUCUGUUUCCUACCCUAACCAACUGUCUGUUUCCUACCCUAACCCAGUCACUGCUCAUCCAUAUAUUUUAGACAUAUAUUCUCAUCCCAUUCCUUUACUAGAUUGUGUGUUUUAGGUUUUGUUGUGGAGUUGUUAGAUAUUACCUGUUAGAUACUGCUGCACUGUUGGAUCUGGAAACAUAAACAUUACACUCACAAUAUCUGAUAAACCAUGUGUAUAUGACCAGUAACAUCUGAUAACCAUGUGUAUAUGACCAGUAACAUCUGAUAACCAUGUGUAUAUGACCAGUAACAUCUGAUAACCAUGUGUAUAUGACCAGUAACAUCUGAUAACCAUGUGUAUAUGACCAGUAACAUCUGAUAACCAUGUGUAUGUGACCAGUAACAUCUGAUAACCAUGUGUAUAUGACCAGUAACAUCUGCUAACCAUGUGUAUGUGACCAGUAACAUCUGAUAACCAUGUGUAUGUGACCAGUAACAUCUGAUAACCAUGUGUAUAUGACCAGUAACAUCUGAUAACCAUGUGUAUAUGACCAGUAACAUCUGUUAACCAGUUGUAUGUGACCAGUAACAUCUGAUAACCAUGUGUAUGUGACCAGUAACAUCUGAUAACCAUGUGUAUAUGACCAGUAACAUCUGAUAACCAUGUGUAUAUGACCAGUAACAUCUGAUAACCAUGUGUAUAUGACCAGUAACAUCUGAUAACCAUGUGUAUAUGACCAGUACCAUCUGAUAACCUUGUGUAUAUGACCAGUAACAUCUGAUAACCAUGUGUAUAUGACCAGUAACAUCUGAUAACCAUGUGUAUAUGACCAGUAACAUCUGAUAACCAUGUGUAUAUGACCAGUAACAUCUGAUAACCAUGUGUAUGUGACCAGUACCAUCUGAUAACCAUGUGUAUAUGACCAGUAACAUCUGAUAACCAUGUGUAUAUGACCAGUAACAUCUGAUAACCAUGUGUAUAUGACCAGUAACAUCUGAUAACCAUGUGUAUGUGACCAGUACCAUCUGAUAACCAUGUGUAUGUGACCAGUACCAUCUGAUAACCAUGUGUAUGUGACCAGUACCAUCUGAUAACCAUGUGUAUGUGACCAGUACCAUCUGCUAACCAUGUGUAUAUGACCAGUAACAUUGUAUUUGUAUUUGUCUGUGUCUCACCAUUCAAACAGACAGCGUAAUUCAACCACUAUUAAAACAUAUUUUUUUUGUGGCCGAACUGAAAGCUUCACCAGUUGAUAAGCCCUUGAAACAAUAUUUUAUAUAUUAGACUUCAAUAUCCUCACAACAUUGAUAUUCAGCCUGCAACAGAUGAUCCAUCCAUUGUUUUAAUAUUUUGAUUAAAGUUGUAUAUAGUCAA